GUGCGAAACGUCUCAUUCGGCGUUAGUUGCUUCUACGGUUCGGACGUGUUUGUCUUCUAAUAUUUUGUUCGUCAAGUAAAGUCAUCUUUUCAUAAAAAAAGUUGGUAAAUUUUGAAGUUUUUUUGCAUAGCAGAUUUAAUUAGCAUAAUCAUUUGCUAAACUCCUGUGUUUUAAUUCAAAAAACGUAAAAAAACGUAGUUCAUUUGAGCUUAAUAUUCAUUCCUGCUCGUAGAGAAAACAAAAACUACUGACAAAAUGGCCGAUGUUGUUGAAAAGAAAGAAACUCCAAUUGUCGAGAAAGUCGCUGCUGAAGAAGUAGAAGCACAAAAGGAAAAAGAGGUUGCAGAGGAGGUAGCACCAGCCGCCGAAAAUGGUAGUGCUGACAGUGCAUCCGCCAAAGAAAAUGGUGACGCUGCCGAAGUAGCCGCUGAAUCUACAACUGAAACGCCAAAAGAAGCAUCUGCUGAGGCCGAAGCUGCCGCUCCUGCCGAAGAAAAUGGCAAGGAUGACGAAGCGGAAAGCGAAGCAACUGAUUCAGCACCCGCAGAGGCUGUAAAGAGAAAAGUAGCUGAAGACGAAUCAAAACCAGAAGAAUCCACUGCAGCAACACCUGAGAAAAAAGCCAAGCUAGACGAACCAGUUAAAGAAGACACCCAAAAUGGUUCCGAAGCAUCAGAGGUUGCGGCUUAACUUAGAUCUUAAUAUAACCUUAAACUAUUCAACAUUAUCAGUAACAAAAAAAAUCAGAAAAAGUGUACACCCAUAGAAUUUUAUGUGUAUGAUUUUAUGAAAGUGUGUUCAAUUUUUUUGUGAGGUUGACAAACAAACUUCCAUAAUCUGCAAUCUGAAGCGACUAUGCUUUUACAGUUGACAUCUACAAAGAGGGAUGUAGUUUGUCUUUUAUUUCCAGUAUUGAUGACAAAUCAUCCCUCUUACCAAGAAAAAGGCUAAACCUGUACAUUCAAACAAAUAUUCAAUAAAGUAGACUUGCAGUGGGAAGUCGAAGCUAACAGA